GUCCCUACGACGCCGCAGUUGGCCACGGUGGUGUCCCCUGCACGCGCCUUCGUCAGCCACUCCUUGCAGGUCCUCCCAGCAUCAUCAAUCUCAUCUCAUAUCGCUAGCGUGUCUGAAAAGCAAGACAGGUGUUGAAAAAUUAGCAUCUUCAGGGCAAGUCGAGCGGGGCGUGGACGUGAUGGAAGGCGUGCGGGCAGCCUGGGUGCUGCUGGCGCUGGUGGCGGGGGGUGUGUGCCGCGCCACCCACACCCACAGACACCAAACGUUCCGGGGAGGACAUUCAGUUUGGCAACCAGCAGAACCCCCCAGUGAGCCUGCUGGAUGACAACGCCAUGGCCGGAGCCUUCCCCUCCAGCGAGACCACCGAGGAGUUACCCACGCCAGUAGCACAAACACACAAACAGGAGGCAGUGGAGGCAGCCGUAGGAGUUGCAGCACAAGCAGUAGUGGACGGCCUGAAAGAAGAACAAAAGCAACAACAGCAACAGCAACAAGAAGAACAGCAACAGCAGGAACAAAAAACGCAGCAAGAAGAGCGACUAAAACAGGACAAAGAUGAGGCUGUGGAGCAAGAGGACAAAGACUCGAAGGAGGAGGAGAGAGAGAGACAGCAGCACCAGCAACAGACAGGAAUGGCAGACGCGGGGGCACCGGGAGAGGAGCAGCAGAGGUGGGAUGACGAAACAAACCUGUGGCACAACCAACCUGCAGCCCACGACUUUUACCGCUCGUACCUGAGUGUCCCUCGCAUCAUUGGUAACGGCAUCCCCUCUUUCGCCACCCGCCGCCGCCGCUCCCUCCACCUGCCCCCACUCCGUUCACACCCAAUCAAGGGAGGCACCCUGGCCGGCGUGAGGACUUUGCUGGGGCGCGGGCAGCAGCAGCGACGCAAGCGGGACCUCAGACGAUUCCGCAGAGACCUCAACAUGAACGGAAUGGACUUGGACCGCCUCCUGAAGAACGUGGACAUGAAGGAGCUGUUGUCCCUGCUGUCCCGACCCCAGCACCGUCAGGAGGGUUACGGCACGGUGCACUACGCCCCCCGCACCAGCCAGAUACGCCCCUCAGCCCAAGCUCUUCCCUGACUACGAGGAGGAAUGGGGUGAGGGCGCCGAGGAGUUGCUGCGCCACGGCCUGAGAGCAGAGCAGCCAGCUGAGGGAGUGUCCUCGGUGGCCGUGGUGAUGCCUCCCGGCCGUGUGUGGCGCAAGUCGAGUGCCCCACCUGGCUACGGGCUGGCCAGGGUGCCGGGCUUCAAGCGCUCCUCGGCCUUCAGAUCCAACACCCUCCAGGACCCCCAGCCCCAGGCCACGCGACCCUUCCCCGCCCUCACCCCCCGCGACGUAUACUCUCUGGCCGCCAUGCUUGGUGCUGAGCGAGACCCACUCGGCCGCCGCAUCCGCCGGGCCGCCAUGUAAGGGGCUCCACACAUACCACCGGACAAGAACCCAGCUAAAGGUCUAAAUUUCUCCCUGGCCACGCUGUUCAAAGGAGGGAGGUCUGUGUUCCACGUUUGAGUGAAAGCUAUUGUUGUUUAAGUGUCUUUCCCGUCUUCCUCUAUCGUUCUUAUCUCUCACUGAUUUGAGAACAUGUAAAACACCAGGAAUACCCCAACACACACACACACACACACACACUUAACGAUCGCUUCCUCAGUGGUGGUGUCCCUGCUUGUCAUUUGGCAGACACGCACACUCUUAAUGAUGGUGUUCAGAUGGCAAGCAAUUACCGUUCUCCUUGAGCAAGAGGAUGAAGUGUGCGGUGCAUGGAGUGUCUCAGCCUCACCCAGUCAAACUACAGGAGUUUUAAGAUCUCUCCGGGAAGGAAGUAGCUGACGGUCACGAUUCCAACAGGUGAUUCUCAAGACCAGGGUGAAUUACACACACACACACACACACACACACACACACACACAUACAUGAAAAGACCUUAACUACGCACUACUGGAUUCCACCUCGGACACUUAAUCGUUGCAUGCACGUGUAUACUACAAGGGUGUAUUCUGCUAGGUGUAAAAUCACAACGUAUACUUGUAUGCACCUGAAGUGUUAUAUAGUACCUCUUUGGUGGCUCUUCCUCUGUGCAGGGACAUUAUGUUAUCAUGAUUAGGUCUCUUCAUUUCUUUGACCUGCACAUGGCCGUCUGCCUUACAGAACCCUCGUGUACGCCAAACGUCAUCUUGUAAAACUUUUAUUUUUCCAAAUAAUGCAGAUAUUUGAAGACUAAGUACACUUAAAACAAUAGUUACUAUACAACAAUUACCAUUCUCAUCACGUUAACAAUCGCAGGGUAACUUUCAUGUCAGGUCUGCGCGAACUACAGAUCUCAAAUGUUGUCAAGCCGAACUCAGGCCUCAAGUGAGUAAAAAGAUUGAGGUAACUCUUACCACCAAAAUUUUAUACAUAUACCAUACCUUUAUAUAUAUAUAUAUAUAUAUAUAUAUAUAUAUAUAUAUAUAUAUAUAUAUAUAUAUAUAUAUAUAUAUAUAUUCAAACUCAGCAAAACGCAUUUCUCGUGUCUUAGAUGCUUGUGAUGUUUAUGUAUAAGAAGGCAAGAGCCUUUCCGUCGCGUGACCCAAGGCACCGCGUCACAGGCAGACCUUCCUCGGCUGGAGCAGGCUGCGACAGUGUGGUUAAGGGCACUUGUUCAGGAUGUGGCAGUGGCCCGGAUAAACCUCCCAGAUAAAGUUCAUUGCGGCUACAUCUAACUUUAUGACCUUAACUACCUUAACCUAACUUAUUUUCAGUCUAAUUUAAUCUUACUGUAGUUAAUAGGUAAAUUUUCGGUAAGGUACACCGCAUUAGGAGACAUUUGCAAAACAAAACCAAUCGAAUUUCCCACUGCCGGGUCACGUAUACGUACACACCUAACUGACACUGACGCUGGGGAAUUUGAGUUGAUCAGCAUUUACUGACCGACAUCAGCUAUCAAAAUACUCGGAAUGGGGCGACCUGCGCGAUGAUGUACACAAUGCUUUACUACCUGGAGAAGGUUAUUUGCCGGAAUGAUGCCGAUUAGAUUACAUUUUGUUAGUCUCAUUUAACUUUACCAAACUAAUCUUACCUAAAAACACAUUCCUUACCGCUAUUCAGCUCUCUAAGUGGUACACAUGCUGCACUCACUCAGGAUAACUUCUACAACGAGUUUACGAAGCGACACUGAAACACUUGAGCCGCAGGACAAACACGAAGCACGCCGCACGUCGAGCCCUUCACUCACUCCCUAACCCACCACGACACACUCAUCAGCUCUCCCUCCCUGCCAGUACAAUGCUGAAUACUUACCAUCUCAUUCUGUGUCCCUUUCUGCGUCGUCUGCCUCAGGGUUUAGUGUAUUCGUCCAGCCUAGAGAAGCUAAACACGUCACUCACGUCUCUCGUCAGCCAGCAGGAGGAAGGAACAACAUGGCUGGCUGUUCAAGACUCUUAGUUCGGGUUCGGCUCGGCGUUCCUGUGAUACUAAACCUUUUCCGCAGCAGGGUUAGAUACUGAAUCGUCCUAUCUACUAAACUUAAUCAUAUAUUCUAUUUAUUGAUCUUAUCAAAUUAUAUAUAUAACUAUUUCUCAUAGCCGGACUUGAGAACUUUGAUUUUCUAGAACGAUAAUAAUCCUGAAGACAUGAAAACGAAUAUAGGAAAGUGUUGUAGUCGUGAUUAACUCUGCAACUCAGCCUCUAACAAUGAAAUAUCCUCAAGCUUUUCAGAAAGAUCUCGUGGUAUGUAUAAAGCACAACAGAGUAGUGGCCAGGGAGAAUUUUAACGUGUGGAAUAAACAUUAUAUUCAGUGUGUUUCGCCAGCGGAGAAAACGUAGGCGCCAGUUAAUGUUGUGUUCAUCUGAUGUAUAGUGGCCAGUGUUGCUCUCUGAGGCACGGCGAGGAGGAGGAAGAGAGGGAAGGUACAGGGUGAGGGAGCAGAGGCGCAGUACUCCCACCACCUUCCUUCUAACCUCGCCUGCGUCACGGAGUCACUCUUAACCCCAUGCAUAACAUGUACACGUAGUCUUAGUCCAAUACUGAGCUACUGUUCUAUGUGUCUUGAUUCACAGCGAUGGUCAGAGAGAGAGAGAGAGAGAGAGAGAGAGAGAGAGAGAGAGAGAGAGAGAGAGAGAGAACUAUGCAGGAAGAGAGCAGAGGAAAGGGAAUGAUGGAAGCACAAUACUUACCGAUGCAUGUCUUAUAAGCGAAAACCUUGAUGGUAAUGUGUAUUAUAUAGUCCCUGAAGACUGCAAUAUUAUUCCUUCACAAACACACGCUAAACACAGAUUUGACCAUUAUUUAACUAUAUAGAAAAUAUAUAUAUUGUGCAUUUCUCAAGUAUUGGAAUAUAUGAAAAAAAAAGUAUUAUAUAUUCUUCUGAGAUUGGUUAUAGAUGUAUUUAUUUUUUAGUUGUGGUGUGAAACAUAUAUAUAUGAAAUAAACGUCAUUAGAUUUUU